AUGGAUCCUCUAAAUUCAACAAGUCCAGGUCCUGGCCAGGAUGGCCUACCCAAGGCGCCUUCGCAGUUCGCUAUCCUCGACUUCAUCUUCCCUGGGUUUUCCACCUUUUCCAGUAUCAUUCAUGCCUAUCUAGGCAUCGAUCUUAAUGUCUACAUCCCCCUUCUUCUCAUCGUAUCUGGUAUCAUGUUUGUCUGGAACUACAUUACAGAAUACUCCUGGAGCAUCAUUGGACAGCACCUGAUGUCUGCUGUUCGCAUUCGCACCGAUGACGAAAUCUACAACAUUGUCAUGGCAUGGGUUGCAAAGCAACGCUUUUCUCAAGGUUCACGCCGCUUCAUGGUCAACACCAACAUCAACUCCCGAAGCUGGUUCCUUUAUUGUUGGAACGACGACGAGGACGAAGAUGAGAGUGAGAGCAGGAAGCCCCUACAAUACACCCCCUCGGUUGGCUCCCAUUUCUUUUGGUACAAGGGCCACAUCCUUCUCUUCGAACGCCAUGAGAACCGCGACCGUAGCCCCUUCAUGUCCAGUUCAAGCGAGGAACUCUCCAUCUCUUGCUUUGGCCGCAACCCACGCAUCAUCAAGGAGCUCCUCCUAGACGCUCAGGAGCAAUACAUCAAGAAAGACGAGCAGCAGACCGUCAUCUACCGUGGUUCUCUUGGAUCAAACGGCGGUGAUCCCACCUGGCAGCGUUGCCUGAGCCGAGCCAGUCGUCCUAUUUCCACAGUCAUCCUCGACGAAAAGACCAAGAGCGAGCUGAUCGAGGAUGUAACGGAUUACCUCAACCCCAACACCCGUCGCUGGUACUCAAACCGUGGUAUCCCUUAUCGCCGUGGUUACCUUCUCUAUGGUCCCCCUGGCACUGGAAAGAGUUCACUGAGUCUUGCUUUGGCUGGCUUUUUCCGCAUGCGCAUCUACAUGGUCAGCCUGAGCUCCAUCUUGGCUACUGAGGAGAACCUCGCAUCUCUUUUCGCUGAACUCCCCCGUCGCUGUGUUGUUCUGCUGGAAGACAUUGACAGUGCUGGUCUCACACACACUCGUGAAGAGAAAAAGGGAGACAACUCAACUGAGACUGAGACUGUGGUCCCUGUCCCCGCCGCUCCUGCCCAGCCUGGUGCUCCCCCUACUACAGCUCCCAUGCCCCCAGGCCGCCUCUCCUUGUCUGGUCUUCUCAACAUCCUAGACGGUGUUGCUUCUCAAGAGGGCCGUAUUCUUAUCAUGACUACCAACCACUUGGAGAAGCUGGACAAGGCCCUCAUUCGACCCGGUCGUGUUGACAAGAUUGUCCAGUUCGGUUUGGCUGAUGAUGAGAUGAGCGCCUCCAUUUUCCGUGCCAUUUAUGCUCCUUAUGAGGGCGAAGAUGUCGAUGUGGGAGCAGCCAAGGUUAAGUACCUGGAUAUCGAGGAAGCUCAGAAGCAUGCUGCACUUGCUGAGAAGACUCGCCUUGAGACCCUGGAGCGUAUCAGUGCAUUGGCCACCAAGUUUGCUGCCAAGAUUCCCUCGCUCGAAUUCAGCCCUGCAGAGAUUCAAGGUCUACUUCUCAAGAACAAGCGCAACCCCGAGGCUGUCAUUGACGCUAUCGACGACUGGGUUGUUGAGACUAGAAAGGAGAGGAAGCAGAAGGAGAUUGAAGCAGCAGAGAAGCGACGCAAGGAGGAGGCCGACGCCAUCAAGGCUGAGGCUAAGAAGAAGCGCAAGGAGGAACGCAAGAAGGCCAAGAAGGCCAAGGCCAAGGCUAAGCGCAAGAGCAACGGCGAGAGCUCUGGAUCUGAUUCUGACUCUGACUCCGAUUCUGAGGCUGAGACCAAGUCGGACAACAAGAAGGAGAGUACGGAUAAGAAGGACGACAAGACUGCAGACAAGAAGGACGAUAAGCCUGCGGAUAAGCCCAAGGAGACAGAGGCUGAAGUGGAUGAGAAGAAGGAUGCCAAGGUGGAGGAGGAGUCUACGGGAGAGUCUAAGCCAAAGGGUACCUCAGACUCUGGAUACGACACCCCAAACCCAAUUUCAUGA